UCUUUCUUUAGCUUUUCCCUUCAACGCAAAGAAACACACUGUACUAGUGUAGACACCAACUAAAGAGGAAAGGAGGAGAAGCAUAAUUCCUUUUAGUGCACACACUGUUGUUUUGUGUGUUCUUUUCUUUCUCUGUUUCUCUUUUUAGGCACACAUUCACUCUAAUUAAACAUCUUUUCUUGCCGUGAUCUCUAUCUCACCAUGGAUUCCUUAUUGUCAGUUUCGUUAUGACCACCAAUUCGACCAUCAAUUAUUUUAACCACUAAUACUUUAACCUACCUUCAAAAACAACAAAAUAUAAACAACAACCAUCACCACCACCACCAUCAUCAUCAUCAACAAGAAAAAUCAUAAGGAUAAAAAAUAAUAUUUCAACUAAAGUAUCAAUAUCCAAUUCUGAUGGUGGUCAUCACUGUCAAUUGAAUUUGCUAUCGAUUUGUGUACAUCAUCUCUACCAAUGAUUUGCUAUUUUAUCCUAUGCUUCUUCAAUCAAAAACAUAAUUAUUAUCAUCAUCUCACGCCGGCUUCACUGAAUUGAAAAUCUUUCAAACCAUUCUCACCACACAAUUUGGUUGUUAUUAUUUGUGUCAUCGAAAGUGAACUUGAUUUUUGCUUGAAAAACAUUUUCUUGUUUUUCCUUUACUGUUCAGUGUUUUUUUGUUUGUUUCAAUGCAGCCAAUGCCUGUUACUUUGUUUCACCAAUCCUUGCUAACUUAGUAGUGCUCACCAGAAUAAUUAUUGACUGAUUUUUCAAUAGUACGGACUAAUUGUUGAUCUCUCAAUUUUGUACAUCAUCUUAUUAAUAUUUUUGAUUCCCCGAGUGGCUUCGGAAAAUUCAAUCAAAGAGCGAUCAUCUAAAGAUAACAAAGUAGCUCGCUCUUCAAAGAGUCUGCUGUUGCCAUCAUUUGGUACUCGCUUUUCUCCACCCUUGUGUAUUUCCCUUGUUACCACAAUCCUACUCUGCAUUUGAAAAUGUUUUUACAUUAUUAAUUUACGAGCACAGAGUGUUUGACAACUGUUAGCUUAUUGAUUACCAUAAGUGAGACUCGCAGCAAAGACUGUUGGUAAAUCAAUCCUCCUAUACCUUUAAUUACUAUCAUUUGAAUCAACAUGGAUAUUGAAAUGGAAAGGGAAUUUAAUGUUGACAUCAGGAAAAUGUCUAAAAAUUGUGUUAUACUCCGUCUACACCAUCCUUUCUCAUAUGUUUACAUCAAAUCUCGUCUACUUCGACCUUUGCCUAAAGAUUUGUUGAUUUGUGGCCAAGAUGGUUAUGGACAAAAAAUCCAUUCAGCCUUACUAGUUUUCCUUUCUGCCAAGUUUUCAGCUUGGUUUGAGGCUUGUAAUGAUAAUGGACAUACAAUAACCAAUUUCUUGAUACCGACCAUGGACAAAAUGGGGAUACAAUGCCUUCACGAGUUAAUAUAUGACGGUUCUUGUAAAAUUGAUUUCAACCGAGCCAGUCAAGUGGUUAACCAAAUUUCUCAACUAGGCCUGUCCAUAACAGCGGAAAGUAAAGAUGGUCAAAGAAUCCAGUUGCUACAAAAUGAAACAGAUCUAGUGGACGAGAUGAAAAUGAUGACGAUGAAGAGGUUGUGGAUGUCGAUGUUGAAGAUCGAUUAAACUCAAUCAUACCUAACUCGGAUAAUGCUUCUCAAACUUCAGAAGAUUUAAUGCUUCAGAAUCAAUUACAUACCUCACCAUCACCUCUAUCUAUCUCUACGACCGAACAAGAAGAUGAGAUUCCACCUUUACAACAUGCUACUUAUGGUGGUCGCCAUAAUUCGAUCCCGCAUCAAAUGAUGACCAAUAACAACUCACAUAUGUCUGAAUCCCCUCCACCCUUGACUUUAACCAAUCAAGGAAUGAUAUCGCCUCCACCCGAAGCUAAACUUGAAAAUGGCCGAGUUCGGUGUACCUAUUGUGACAAAAGUUUGGCAAAUGCUCGUAAUUGGAGGGAACACAUUCUCGCUCUUCAUCUGGGUCAGACCAUGCCUUGUCCAAGAUGUGGAGCACACUUUAAACAUCGGUCAACUCUUCGUGGUCAUUUACUACGUUGCAGAAAGCUUAGUGGACCUAAUAAUAAUAGUAAUACCACCUCCACCAGUAAUAACAACAACUUAAACAACAACAAUAAUAGUGUUGCUAAUAACAAUAAUCAUAAUAGUUCAAAUAACAACAAUAGUAAUAAUAUCAAUAAUGGUAAUAAUGCGAGUUCCGCCAACAAUCUCAACAAUAAUAACAUCAUGCACACCGUCAAGCAAGCUAAUUUUUGAAAAUUUCCCUUCAAAUGGAGAAGGAAUGGAUUUUUCGUACUUUUAGCAUCUAAACUUAAUGUUUUUCAUCUCAAAUUUGCUUGGUGAAUGGAUCUCCUAUCAAGAACACAUCUUUUGAGUUUCUUGAACACGGUGACUGAUUUUUUCAUUUAAAUUUGCUAAUGUCAACCUGUUCAUCAUUUAUCAAACUUGCUAUAAAACACCUAUAUGAAUCUAACUCAACGUACCAUCAACUAUCAUUAAGCAUUCAAGAAAUCAAACCACUCAAUACUGUAUUAUCUGCGAAUUCGGAACCUUCUGAAAACUAUGUAUUUUUCACAAUCAUCAUUCUUCUCUGCUGAAUGGAAUCAUAGACCGUGUUUAUAUUAGUGUGAAUUAUGAAAAGAUUGUGAGCCAAGGAACAUCUCAUUCAAUUCACUAGCUUUUUGUGUUCCCCAAAUCACCACAAAAAAACAAAAAAAAUCAACAUUUUCUUCUACAAGCUUUGUGUGUAGGUCAGCACAACAAAGAUCAAUCAUUUUAUUAUUGUAAUCACUGAUUCACCUCACUUAUAAAUAUGAACCGGCAUUGUUUUCCAUAAGCUGCAAUCUAUAAUAUGACCUAAUAUUUAUCACAUGUCCCUAACUUUAUUUUUAUUUUUCAUCAUCGCCGAGAUUCAGACAUCUUCAUCUUUUACAUUCCUUUUUUUCAUUUGAACUGGAUACAGUCAAAUACCUUAUUUAACAGUCAUGAUCAAGUGCGAAUCAAGCUUUAAUCGGCUUUUCUUUUUUCCUCUGUUCAUUAACUCUUUUUUUUAAAUUUUGUUGAUGAAAUCAAGAUUCAUUUCUUCACAUCUUUUCGUUCUCUCUCUUCCUCUCUUGCAAUUCAAUCUUUUUUUGUCAUUUUUGUUGCCCCAUUUUUUUCUAAUAAUUCCAUUUGUUUUCAUAUUCUUACAAAUUUUUUGAUAAAAAAUGUGACCAAUCUUUAAGUUCCUGAUGAUAUAAAAACAUGCGAAAUAAAAGUAAAUCAUAAGCAAA